AUGCCUGUCCGGCGCCAGCCAAUCCUUUUCCAAGUCCUCCCGAUCCACCGUCCCCAACACCGUAUCGAAGAUAUCCGGAAACCCCUCCACCAUCGGGAAAAUCGCAUACGUCAAAUUAGUGCCACAGUGCCCGCAGAACGUCCUCGUGCGCUUCGGCGAGCUGCCGAAACACCUCAGCGUCGAACCCUCAGCGAUAGCGGCUCCCGCCGUCAGCACGUCCAUGGCGGGACGCCAGGGGCCGUCGUUGGAGUCGAUUUUGGGGGAGGUGGGGUUGGGAGGAGGGGCCGGGCGCAGGGAGACGGUCAUCAUCUCUGCAGGGACGCAGAUCCAUGUUGGGAGGAUGGAGCCCGUGGCAGUGCGGCAGUCGUUGCAGUGGUCGGUGGCUACCAUGGGAAGGUGGAUUGGGUUGUCCGGAGUCGAGAAUGGGUUGCGGGGGCGGGAGGAGAGCUGUGGGAUUUCGAUGCGGUAGCGGAUUGCUCGGCAAUUGCAACCACCGUGGACGAUGAGGGCGUGCUCCGUUAUUGUGUUGGCUUCUGGACCCAGCCGCCGGAGGAUAUCUUCGAGCAAUGGCACGACACGGGUGACGCGACCGCUUUAGGUCUACAAUCACAGUGCGAGUCAAAGAAACCUAUAAGACAUUCACUGGAUGCCUGA